GCGUGAAAUUUUCCCAGUGGGGAAGUCUUUUUUCCGAUUAUUCUGACAACACGUGAAUGCACUCACCGACACGGCUGUACUGACGAGCAGCUUUCUGACAAACGGGCUGGCUAACUCACUUUCCGUGCUUCAAACAUGGACCAAGACAACAAUUCAGAGAAUGAGUCGGUCGGCCCAUCAGAGGACCCUUCAGAGGAGGAACAUCCUUGUAUACCUCCAGGGCUCUCGGAUGGAGAAACGAUGGAGCUGCUCUGGCAGCUGCGAGCGCAGCGUCGUCAGGCGUCCCCUGAGCUCCCUGAGACAGUGACCCGUCUCACCGCCGCUGAUGGCAGCCUCCUCUACCUGGUGGGCACGGCACACUUCAGCGACAGCAGCAAAAAGGACGUGGCCAUGACGAUCCAAGCCGUGCAGCCAGACGUGGUGGUGGUGGAGCUGUGCCAGUACAGGGUGUCUAUGCUAAAGAUGGACGAGAAUACACUGCUGAGGGAAGCCAAAGACAUCAACCUGGAGAAGGUCCAGCAGGCCAUCAAACAGAAUGGGCUGAUGUCUGGCCUGAUGCAGAUUCUCCUGCUCAAAGUUUCGGCUCACAUCACAGAGCAGCUGGGCAUGGCUCCAGGAGGAGAGUUCAGGGAGGCCUUCAAAGAGGCGGGACAGGUGCCGUUCUGUAAAUUCCACCUCGGGGACAGGCCCAUCCCUGUGACGUUCAAAAGGGCCAUCGCUGCUCUCAGCCUGUGGCAGAAGGCCCGUCUGGCAUGGGGUCUCUGCUUUCUAUCAGACCCAAUCAGUAAAGAGGACGUGGAGAAGUGCAAACAGAAAGACCUGCUGGAGCAGACCAUGUCAGAGAUGAUCGGAGAGUUUCCCGCUCUCCAUCAGACCAUCGUGGCUGAACGAGAUAUCUACCUCACACACACGCUCCGCCAGGCUACACGCUGUGUGGAGGCCCCUCCUCAUGCCCAGAAAGUGCCUGCUGUGGUAGUAGGAGUUGUAGGGAUGGGUCACGUUCCCGGGAUAGAAAGAAACUGGGAGAAGCAGCUCAACAUCAGUGAAAUCAUGAGUGUUGCGCCCCCGUCACGUUUCGGCUGGGUGCUGCGCACGGUCUUUAAGGGUGUCAUGAUGGGAAUGAUGGGAUACGCCUGCUAUCGAGCCGGAGGGAGUCUUGGUCGAGUCCUGCUGUCUUCACCUACUGUCAAGUCCUUACUUAAGACUCUGCGGCCCCCUCCUGCUUGACCCCUGAAGCCAUCAGUGACAUGACCUUUGACCUAUUCAAACAAUGCAUCUUUCACCAAUUGCCUUAAAAACAGGAAGUGAGGCUGGAGGGAAGGUUUCACCAGCCCACAUGAUGAACUUACAAGGACCUCAGGGGGACAGAAGCCUCCCACCUCGUCUUCAUGUCCCUGUAGACGCUGCAGGGCUGUACUGCCAAAGAAACCACGACAGUACUCUUUGAUUCUUUCAUAUUUAAAUCCUGCAAUUUGUAAAGUUUACAAAUGCCAAUGAUUCCCUUUGAAUAGAUUUACAUUUGCCCCACCA